AUGUUUAUCCCACGAACUGUGGCGACAGCAGUAGCUGUUCUGCCAUUUGUUUUAUCCAUUACGCCGGAGCAAAUACUCGCUGCGCCGCGACGCAGCCCAUUGGCCCCAAAUCCUUCAGGAGAACUAGGUGUUUUUAGUGCAACUUCCUAUUCAUGGGAGACGCACAAUGCAGAGACGGUGUGGCAGUUAAUGAAUCUGACCACAGGCGAAACCUCUCUGCUCUACAAUGGGUCCGAUAUCUCGGAGAUUGUCUGGGUCGGACAGACUGAUACGAGCAUCUUCUACAUCAAUAAAACCAACAAAGAAAAUAAUGGUGGCAUCAGCCUGUAUGCCGGCGACGUCAAUGCCAUAGAUGAAGCGUAUCUGAUCGCAUCGCUUCCCGCCCCAUACUCUGGGCUUAAGGCAGUUGUAACCCCGACUGGGGACGUCAAUUUCCUCUUGAACUGUCUGGCGUGGCCAAACGGGACAGCUUAUAACGAAGUCUUGGCCGAGAAGCCACUAAGCACCGCAAGAAUCUACACUAGCAUCUAUGUUCGUCAUUGGGACACUUGGCUUACGGAGAGGAAAUACGCUGUCUUUGCUGGUACGCUGACCGGAGGAAAUAGGUACUCACUGCGAGGAAGCUUGAAGAACCUUGUGGCAGGCCUUUCCAAUGUGACUCGUGCUGAGAGUCCAGUUCAGCCUUUCGGUGGUUCCGGCGACUACGAUAUCACCCCAGAUGGAUCCACGGUCGCUUUCUUGACCAAGAACAUUGACCUGCCGCUGUCAAACUACACAUCCUCCCAGAUUUACCUCGUCCCCCACAAUGGCUCCUCCUCGGCUGUGCCGAUUAAUGCUUUUUCUGGAGAGACAACGCCUCCGAACGCCAAAGGGGCGUCGGCAAACCCGUUAUUCUCCCCAGAUGGUACCAAAAUUGCAUAUUUCCAGAUGGACGGCAUCUCGUACGAGAGCGACAAGAAUAAGAUCUACGUCGCUAGUGUCAAUACCAGCAAUUUCAACAUCACCAACCUCGCAGAGAACUGGGACAGUACUCCUGACCAGCUCAGAUGGUCUGCCAAUGGCACUUCCCUUUUCGUUGUGGCACCUGAUCUGGGUAACGUACGCUUGUUCCAGGUUCCUCUUACGGCUGGAGCAGAUUUUAAACCCACCAACAUCACCAAUGCCGGUACUGUUGGAUCGUUUUACGCGCUGCCCAAUGGCAACCUCCUUGUGUCGGACUCCAAGAUUUGGUCUUCCCGUGACUUCUACAUUAUUAGUCCCAGGGGAAGGCUGGUUGCCGAUCUCUUCCGGUCAAACCAAGUUGACCCCGAGCUCGCAGGCCUCGGUCCGAAAGACGUGUCUGAAUUCUACACCAUGGGCAGUUUCACUCGGGUUCAGAGCUGGGUGAUCUACCCCGAAGGCUUUGAUCCCAGCAAGAAAUACCCACUGGCAUUCCUUGUGCAUGGCGGCCCACAAGGGGGAUACUACAACACUUGGAGCUCCGGGUGGAAUUUCAAGGUGUGGGCGGAUCAAGGCUACGUUGUAGUGGCACCGAACCCGACCGGAAGCACGGGCUGGGGGAUGGCUUUUCAGAAUGCCAUUCAGGGAAACUGGGGUAGUUUCCCGUAUGAAGAUCUCGUUGCCGUAUGGGAGCACGUCAACAGCACAUAUGACUACAUUGACACCGAGAACGGGAUCGAAGCUGGGGCCUCGUUCGGCGGCUACAUGACGAACUGGAUCCAAGGCCAUGACCUGGGCAGAAGAUUCAAGGCUCUUGUCACGCAUGAUGGCAUGGUCAAUACGGCAGGUUCCUACUCGACUGACGAGCUGUGGUUUAUGCAACAUGAUAUGAACGGCACACUUUGGGCCAACCGACACAAUUACGAUGAGUGGAAUCCAAUGGACCAUAUCGACAACUGGGCGACGCCACACUUUGUGGUGCACAAUGAGCUGGAUUACAGACUGCCCAUCGCCGAAGGGAUCACACUCUUCAACCUGUUGCAGGAGAGGGGCGUCCCGAGCAAGUUUCUGAGCUUCCCAGAUGAGAACCAUUGGGUCACCAACCGCGAGAACAGCCUCGUUUGGCACCGAGAGAUUUUUGCAUGGAUCAACCACUACUCGGGCAUCAGCAAGUCGAGCACGUGA